AUGACCCCGGACGGCAUAGUCAUGUACCAGGUUAACACGGCACUAGGACCAACUACCACGAUAAGCCGUUUUGAAAGCCACCCUCAACUCUUGAGCACUGGGCGGGUAUCUUGCGUCGUUGGCGAAGUCGAUAGUGGCCGGUUAAAGUUACUCAAUAGUGAGAACCCGAUAGAAAUUGUGAUGGUUUCGGGCGUGGAAGAGACCGAAAAUGUCGACAGACCUUGGACCUUUAAUGGGCCAGACGAUAAGCCGUACACAUGGCAAAUUAUGUUUCGUUCUCCGGUGUUGUUUGUAUCCGGCAAUGCACCUAUCAUUCUAGCACGAUAUAGACAUGCAAAACUUGGUAUCAUAUCACGAUCAAGACGAGCUUUUCUCGAAAUAUUCCCCGCUGGAAUAAAUAUCAUCGAUUUCGUCGUCGUCACAUUUGUCUCUUAUGCGAAGCAUCAUUGGCUAGACGAGCCCCACCAUGAGUCUAAUCCAUCGGCAGUUUAG